GGCUCUUCGCCUUUUUACAGCUUACAAAUGCACCUUUCGCUCUCAUGCCAUCGCCAUCCUCCCUUCCCGCCCGCUGUGUCCCCCGCCGCCACAGGCGAUCUGACUGCUGAAACCGUAACUUUCAUCUGGCUCCUUGACAGACAACCCUUGGAACCGGCGGCGGAACCGACUAGAAGCUGUCCUUUCUCAUUUCUUCGUGACUCAGGCACCAACUUUUCUUCCUCCUGCAACGUCUCGCCUCUCCAGCCCCGGCAAGGUAGACUGCUCGCUGGCCAAGGACCCUGAAGUGCGUCAGCGCCCCCGUCGCCUCCUCCUCCCCAACCCCGUCCUCGCCCCCCCGGGUCAACCAUCGCGUUCCUGUCAACGCUUGACGCCGUCUGGCUUUCGGAGCUGUCCCUUGAUUUUAUUGCUGCCGCUUCACCCGAGCAUCAGACGUUCGUCUGUUCGUCGGCUUAGGCGACGUGACAAACCACCAGCAUUCCUCGUCCCACCCUUCACGGACCACCCGCCACCGUUGUCGUUGGCGCCCUGCCGUGACGACAUUGCCACUUCACCAUUCUCGCGCUGCGCCUCGACAUUUCGUUACUGUCCCUUCCUGCGCGACCCUCUUGACUGCCAUCUGGACUGCCUCUACUAUUUGGCCUCUUCCGCCUCCCACGCCAGCUCGCACACAUGGCUUCGACGGGCGAUGGAGGUGGCUCGCUGCCGCCAAACUUCUUCCUGACCCCGCACCAGCAGAACCUGCUCUUUGCUGCCCUCAACGCCAACAAUCCGCAAAAGCCGGCCCCAGCGGCCUCAAAUGGUCUCUCGCUGUCCCCUAACUCCUUCAAAGGCUCCCCAAUGCAAAAUCUGGAUACUAGCGGCUUCCAGGAGAGCCCCUACCUGGACAACUAUGAUUACGACUUUGGCGACUCGAGCUUCGACUUUUCCUUUGCGGGCGGCGACCAGCCUCAGAUGAUUGGGGACGUGCCCGGCACCGCCGGGACUGAUUCAACCGAGAACGAGUCCAACGAGAAGAGAAGCCAUCCGGACGAUGAGGAGGGUGAUACUAGUCCGGGCAACGAUUCCAAGCGUCGCGAGAGCAACGACAAGGCUCCCAAGAAGCCCGGCCGAAAGCCGCUCACAUCCGAGCCUACUUCAAAGCGCAAGGCUCAAAACCGAGCGGCGCAGCGCGCAUUCAGGGAGCGCAAGGAAAAGCACCUCAAGGACCUCGAGACCAAGGUGGAGGAGCUGGAGAAGGCAUCGGAAGAGGCAAACCACGAGAACUCCAAGCUCCGAGCGCAGGUGGACCGCAUCACGUCUGAGCUCAACCAGUACAAGCAGCGGCUCGCCGUCAUGUCCAACGUCAAGCAGCCGGUACCCCGCGAGAAGGUGCCCUUUGGAAGCGCAGCUCUCAACAACUUGAGUGAUGUCAGCUUCCAGUUUGAGUUCCCCAAGUUCGGCGCCCUCCCGGGUCCUCCUGUCGCCAAACGACAAACGCAGCCGUCGCAGCCAAUCAGCCCGCCACAGGACGGACAGACGGCUAGCCCCGCCCGCAGCCAGAGCAACGAUAGCAGGUCGCCGCAGUCGGCUCAACAGUCAAUGCAUGACGAACUUGCCAAUUUCUCUGGCAUCUUCACCCCCUCCAUGACCAGCUCGCACCGGACGGGCUCAAGAGCGAGCCUGGAGUCGGCACAUCUCAGCUUCGGCGGGGGCGGGGGUGGCGCCACGAGCUCUCCUUCGGCCUCAUCCAACUCGAACGCUGGGCCGAGCUCAUCAUGUGGCACGUCCCCAGAGCCGUCAAAUCAGUCUCCGAUGGGCUUCAAGCCUUUGGAGACGCUGACCACUAUUGGCGAGGAGCAGCAGGCCGCGUCCACUACGAGUGGCGACCAGCCAUUUGCUCAGUUUGCCAACGUGGACAUCGGAAGCCCUAGCUUUGACUGGCUUGCCAACCAGAAUGGCGGCCACUUCGACCCUCAGCUAUUCGGUGACUACCGCGAGCCGCAGGACAACAUCCUGGCUAACCCCAACCUCGAUGACUUCUUCAGCGACGCUUUCAACGCAGACUUCUUCACGCCGUACAACAUGCCUGCGACGACCAAGACGGCACCGAAGAAGAACCUCAUUGACGAGAUCGAUGCCCAGCAGAACUCGCUGGACGAUGAGCCCCCAAAGAGCAACAUGAACUGCAAUCAGAUUUGGUACGACAGCUUGCCGGUAGAUGUUGACCCGACUAGGCCACUGACACGCAGUGACAGGGAGAAAUUGCAGGACUGCCCCAAGGCCCAGAGUGGCGAGUUUGACUUGGACGGGCUCUGCUCGGAGCUCACCAAGAAGGCCAAGUGCUCGGGCAGCGGCCCGGUGGUGGGCGAAAAGGACUUCGACACCAUUCUCAGGAAGUACAUGGGCAAAGACGUAUCCACCGACUGCGUCGCCAACACCCUGGGUAUUUCCGUCAAGCAGGAACAACCCAACGGGGUUUCCAUGCCGUGAAGCAGAAACGGCGUUCCAUGCGGUGAUGUGCUUGACGGUGUAUUCUAAGGGCGGAGUCUUGACGUCUUGUCUGGUUGGAUGUGCGGGGGAGGCAACGGAAAACGAAAGAAGGAUGACGGCGUUGAAGCAUCAGAAGGAUGGAACGUGGCGCAUUGCUCUUAUUUUUCUGUCUUCUUUGUCCAGCAUUCGUGGGUCUGGGCCUGGGAAGACUCAUUGUGUCCCUACCGUCGACCGAGAGCCCGACUUCCCCGCCCGCUCCCUCCUCUGGACCUCUUUUUUCUAAGUACUCAUUCUGCACCCGGUCCUCGUGGACAACAGUGCGUGAGGAACCAUGAUCAAACGGUGGUCGCGCGGGCGUGCUGCUGGACACGACGAUCUGGUUGACAACCGCAGCCUCUUCUUUGCUAUUCUCUUGGGCGCUGCGCUGUUUUUUUGUCGCGUUGCGGGAGCAUAUUCGGUGUACAUCAGGGACCAACGAGGUCAAAUUCAAGGCGGGAACUCUUGUCAGCAUCCCAUCUCCACACAUGCCAGUGUACCAAAGAAGAGAAGGGGGGCUUGCCUGCCGCGAUUUCGUGUCAAACCGCCGCGCCUCGUGCAUGCCCAUACAUACAUACGUACAUACAUGCAUACAUACAUGCAUACGUACCCGUGAGCCCGAGGUGGGAGUCACAACCCUUGCGUCGCCGUGGUUCUCCUCUCCCUUGGCCCCCAAUCCACCCCUACCCUGCCGCACGCUCUCUAUCUGGGGCACGCAGGGAGAGCUGCACCAUGGGUCCAGUGCAGCUCGACAGGGAAAGGUGGGGAGGAAAGGGGAGAGAGAGGGGACUUGGAGACCUCAUUUUCACCUCGGACGUACAUACACACGGAGGAUGAGGAGCAGUAUGCCAUGCAUACAUGCAUGAUACGUAGACAAGGAACGUGUCGACCUGCAGAC